AUGAAGCUCCAAUUGCUCAUCCGCGAAUCAUUGAGAUUUGUUCUCACAUACGCUAUUCCAUUUAUCUUGACUUGCCGUGCUAUUCAAUCAAAUGAUAUGGAUGCCAUUAAUAUCUCCAUUUUCCGUUGGGGAUUACUUGGUUUAUUAGAAUUCAUCGACCCAAUCGCAUCUCCUCUUUUAUCAUUGUUCCCAUUUGUAAGCAUUCUUAAAUUUGUAAUUUACUUAUGGGUAUGCAUUCCAGUUAUGAGCAUGGGAGAAAUGUUUUACAUUUAUGUUUACGAUCCAAUGGUUGUUCAAAAUUCCCCAAUGGAUGUUUUGAAUUCCUCUUAUAAUUCUUUUCUUAAUGCCACAUACAACAGAUUCAUGAGCUACGUUAAUGAAUUCAAAAACCAGUCAAUCAAUUCCCCUCACUAA